GAUUAUCUAAAGCAAUUUAAAAGCCUUUCUUUUAUAUUAAAAUGGACUUGAAUUUUGUCAAAAACAUAUCAUUAAUGUCCCAACAUAUUCAAAUUUAGGUCAUAAACCAUAAAAUUGCUUCUUAAAUCAUGACUUCACUGCUGUUCCUCUUGCUUGUAUUAGGUUUCUUCACUGAAAAACAGUAUGUGCAUUCUGAUUCUUCAGUUGAAGCUGAAGUGGAGGUAAUCCCUGAAAUGAAGCUAAUGGUGACACCAUCGGAGCAGCCUGUGGUGCGUGGUGUAGGUGAGACACUGACGCUCACAUGUACAUUACUGCCCCUUGCACCCGCUCCUCUCAACAACACAUCAAAUGAUUCACAGUCUACGGAUGACGCCAUGCAAGACAUCAUGAGGCGGGCUGCAAUGCACCAGACCAUGAUAAAGAAUCAGAAAGGAUUGGCCAUGCCACAGAGACUUCACUGGGAAGAGAACACACCUUCCUUGCAAUGGAUUAUCCCCAUCAAUGACGUGUCUCGCGUGAGUGAGGAACAGUUAGGUAGUGGAGAGCUGGUGGGAGCUGUAAGCAAGCGUGUGCUGGUGCAUCGGCUGCAGGAGGCUGAUGCUGGCAACUACACUUGUGAAGUGCCGCAGCUGCAGCGCUCUGCUGUGGUGCAGCUCCAGGUUCUGCACAGAGAUGUGGUACAGCGAUGUGGCUUGUCAUCGUUCCAGUGCAGCACGGGCGAGUGCAUUCUGCUGCGAUUUGUGUGUGAUGCCAAGCCAGAUUGUCCACAGGGCACAGACGAGCUUGCAGAGCACUGUGGCUUGGGGGAUGUUUGUCGCAAUAAAUUGCGAUGCAACGAUGGCCGUUGUAUGGACCCAUCUCGUUGCUGCCGUGGCCCUGCUUCUUCUGUUACCAAGCCUCUUAACUGCUCCGUGAACCCUUCCAUCCACUGCUGCCGUCAGCUCAUACAUCCCGCUGCUCUCGACCAAGAUCUGUUCUACCUCUCAACGCGUCCUCGCCCUCACACCCGUGAGAGCAUUUUCUCGGAUCCGUCGCCUCUGCUUAUUGGGACGCUGGUGGCGCUAGCGAACAUCUGCACGGCGUGCCUGCUGCUGACGCUGCGGCGGCGUUUCUGGCCAAACUCUGCCUCCUCUUUGUCGCUAACUCCCCUCGCCUGGGGCCGGCAGUCUUCCCGUGACAUGAUGAGCACGGUGGGGUUGCCGGCGUCAAGGUCUUGGUGGUCGUUUGGGGGGAGCUUGUCUAGGGGCCCUGCUGACGAGCGCUGCUCUGCCCGACACGCUGUCGCGUUCACAGCCUUCCCACAGGGGCUGUCGCGAUGUGAUGACAACAUGGGCGCUGGCAACGCACUGGCCCACUCCGCCCCACCGCCCUCUUAUCAGGAAGCAGUGUGCGGCCCUCCACCUCCAUACUUCAGUAUUUCUGGAGGUCGCUACUACUCUCGCUGUGAUAGCCUGGAUGUUGACGUCAAUCAUACGUCGGUCGGCAUCCCUGCUAGUGCCCUGCCCUGCCGCUGUCCUGUGGCAUCUGUUCGACCUCUUACAUUCAGCUCGAGAACAGCACCCACCACCUCUGCUAGCGCCUCUGAAUACAUCUUUUCCAUCCCGGUAUCCGCACCCAGUGUCCCUCAAAAGUGGGAUUCCUCUGCCACGACUUCUCCUGGAAAUAAUUCGUUUUUCACGAACACAUCGAAUAGUUUCUCUGUCAAUGUACCAACAACCAAAGGAUCCUCCUCAGCUGCUCAUUUUGUGUCUAGUUCGUCUGGAUCAACGGCUUCGUUCAUGGACAAUUUUUCCGGUUCUAGAGAAGCGGUACCAUGUCAUUCUCUUAACACGGAAGAGACUGAGGCGCAUGUUUUACCAACACGUCGAGCAGGUCUCAGGCAUACCUUUUCAGUUUCCCCAGGCAGAAAAAGAGUGUUAGUUAAGAAAAAGAGACUUGCGAGGACAGGUUCAGACUGCGCCCACACUCCUCUCCUAAGCGAAGCUUUGGUUGUGAGAGCAAGUCAACUGCCUGGACAAGGCAGAGCACGCAGCCCUGCUGGUGAAUACAAUCCAUCGUACAACCGCAGCGCCAUGGCUUCUAAUCAGAACAAAUCUCACAUGGGGGAGUUUCCGCCACUAUCCUCAGAGAUGAGCGAGCUUCCAGCAAACCACACGUCUCCUGACAACACAACCGAAUCACGUUCUUCAGACAAUCCACGCUUGGAACUCAACGCUACAGAGAAAUACAACCGAGUAGCAUCAAACUUAUAUUCUCGUCCCCGCAAUGCGCGCGAUAAAGCUGGUACGAUGGGGCUGCCAACCACUGCUUCAGUGCACAGUGAAUGUCAGGUCACUCCCUCAGCGGCCAUUGACAAGCACGAUUCUUCCCGUCUUGUAGGACUGAGCAGCUCAUCGCCUUCUUGCCCUGCACCGUCUUCUGAAUCAUCUGCUUCCAUGUCUUCUGCUACCUCAUCUUGCUCACUUUAAGUUUAACUUGCCGCUGUUGCUUACUUCAUGGUCUUCACUAACUCUUACAUACGUCCGUCUGCUCUCUGUUCUACUUAACUGGCCGAUACUUGCAGCUCAUUUUGUGUGCUCCGAUUGUAUAUAUUCCAUUUAAAGGUUGCUGCCCACUUCAUUACACUAAUUUGUCAUUGCUGUGAGCUUGCUCUUCAUUUAAACUAUACAGUUACGACUAUAAUUUGUGCAGUACAAUAAGUAUUGUUGUACCGCAAUUUGCAUUUACACUCGGCUAAUCAUGCGAUCGAUUAUCCUUGCGAACAGUUUACCCAUGCACUCAGUUCCCCGUUGUCUUUUUAUGCUUUGAUGCAACAACGCUCGCUUCGAUGAUCCGAGUUGAAUUGAGCUCGAUCUCACAUGAUUAAAUUGAUCCGAGACUAUCUUCGCCAUGGUUUCCACUUGGUAUAAAGCCAUUUCAUUUAUGGGACUCGUGAUCAUCAUAUACAAUUUAGUUAUUACAACGACGUACAAAAAUUGAAGUUGAAUGCAAAAUGACAAUAUUCUACAAAUGCUUUAUCUGGCCUGAUCAUUUUGCGAUUUUAUUUCUUUGGGAAAAAGAUGAUCAUUUUAAUGCGAUACCUAUGCCAAUGAAUUAUCAGGAACACUAAUUAUUAAUUGCAAUACGCAAUGAGCAUUUUCUGCAUCAUUCAAUUCCUGAAAACAUGCUUUAAUGAUGAAACUCCCCAGGGGAGCUUCUGUCGCGUGUCUGUGCUCGUCAGAAGUCCUCUGGGACUUCGCGUUCCUAGGGGCA